GUAUACCAAAACUAGUAACAAAAAUACAAAAUGUGUUACAGGACUGUUGAAGACCACGAUGAUUUCCAUUCUCUGCCUUUUGGUCCUAAUGGCUCACACCUCUGCAAUGAAACAAGGAUCCUUCAGAAUCAGGAUCUACGAGAGAGAAGACUUCCAUGGUCAGAUGAUGGAGUUCACUGAGGAUUCUCCUCAUGUCUUUGAGAGAUUCCACCACCAUGAGAUCCAUUCUGCAGAUGCCCAAAAUGGCGACUGGGUAUUCUACGAGGGGCCCAACUACAGAGGACGUCAGUAUUACCUGAGACCUGGAAAAUACAGGAGACACAGUAACUGGGGAGCCACAAGCCCAAGAAUUGGGUCCAUUAGGGCCAAUGUCACUUAUACUAAAGCGACAAAACCAUAACUAAUGUGCUUCACAAUAAACUUGAUUUAAACAAUAA